GGGGAUUGCCUCCGCUAGUUCUUGGGUCAGACAAACUCUGUCAAGAUCUGCUCUGGAUCCGCUCCCCAGAUAGUAUACUUGCCACGCCUGCUUCUCUACGUGGUAUCAUUUUCUGGAUAAAAGGUAAUGAUCCUGUGACCAACAGCUUCCAGCCUCUUCCACAAACAGAAGCGAACUACACAAAAGGAAGUGCUCUUUCUUUCCACGACGGGAGGGUUGUUUGUUGAGCGCCCUGUUAGGGACUUUUUCCUCCGGCCACUAUCCUGCCCCGUCACAUCCGUUGCAAGGCGGCUUGGUGGGGCUCAGCAAGUUGCCAAUUGUUUGCCAGAGGAGGAGGAGGAGGAGGGCGGGCGACGACGACCAGCGGCACUGCAGGACGCGGCCGCUGCAACCGAGGGCGAAACUUUUCCUCGCUCUUUCUCGGUGCCGGCGAGCUUGGGAGUGGGCGCAGAAAUGCCAGCAGGAGCCGAUCCCGGGAGGGCGACAUGAAGCCGGGCCGCCAGGGAGCCGUCGCCCUCCUCCUCCUCCUCCUCCCCCACGGCUGCUCCGGGAAACUCUUCCUUUCUCGCCGGGAGGCCGGAGUUUAGGCGCCGGUGCAGCCGAGAUGGGCCAGGCGCGGGCAGCGGGCUGCCUGCUGGUCUUGGCCGCCGUGGCCUGCGGGCUCUGCGGGGCUCGCUUCGUCUUCCCCCUGCGAGUGUCUCCUGCCGUCGCCCCCGACGGCUCCCUGGCCCCCACCCCGGUGCUGCUGAAGCCGGCAGUCAGGACCGGGGACAGCCAAGAGGCGGGCAGCUUAGCCUUAGCCGCGGAGCCCGGCGGCGCCGUCAACUUCGUGGCCAUGGUGGACAAUCUGCAGGGAGACUCCGGACGCGGCUACUACCUGGAGAUGCUCCUGGGGAGCCCGGCGCAGAAGCUAAAUAUUCUAGUUGACACUGGAAGCAGCAAUUUUGCAGUAGCAGGUGCACCAAGUGUAGACAUGACUUCAUACUUUGAUACAAAAAAGUCAAGCACAUAUCAGUCACUGGGCAUUGAAGUCACUGUUAAAUAUACCCAAGGAAGCUGGACUGGAACUCUUGGCACAGAUGUUAUCACUAUCCCUAAAGGGAUAAAUGGAACUUAUACAAUCAAUAUUGCUACCAUCUUUCAGUCUGAGAAUUUCUUUUUAAAAGGAGUUAAAUGGCAAGGGAUCCUUGGACUGGCCUAUAGUGUCCUAGCCAAGCCCUCAAGUUCUGUGGAGACCUUUUUUGAUUCCCUUGUGCGUCAAGCCAAGAUUCCCAACAUCUUUUCCUUACAGAUGUGUGGAGCUGGUUUGCCUGUUUCUGGAUCUGCUGCCAGUGAAGGUAGUCUUAUCCUGGGUGGAAUUGAACCAAGCCUGUAUGAGGGAGAAAUUUGGUAUACACCUAUUAAAGCAGAGUGGUAUUAUCAGGUUGAAAUACUCAAAUUGGAGGUUGCAGGCCAGAACCUUAACUUGGACUGUAGAGAGUACAAUAAAGAAAAGGCAAUUGUAGACAGUGGCACCACUCUCCUCCGACUACCUGAGAAAGUGUUCAAUGCUGUUGUGGAUGCAAUUGGACGCACAUCAUUGAUCCAAGAUUUCUCACCUGGAUUUUGGGCUGGUGCGCAGCUUGCUUGUUGGGAUAUAACAGAAGAACCUUGGACCAUGUUUCCAAAGUUAUCCAUCUAUCUGAGAAAUGAAAAUUCCAGCUCAUCAUUUCGGAUAACUAUCCUCCCACAGCUUUAUAUUCAGCCUGUUCUAGAGAUUGGCCAGAAUCUGAACUGUUACCGGUUUGGUAUCUCUUCAUCUGCCAGUACCCUGGUACUUGGUGCAACAGUGAUGGAAGGUUUCUAUGUCAUCUUUGAUAGAGCUCAAAAGAGAGUGGGCUUUGCAGUAAGUCCAUGUGCUGGAGUUGGUGGUCUCCCACUGUCUGAGAUUGAAGGCCCUUUCUCAACUGCAGAUGUAGCAAGCAACUGUGUGUCUACAGUAUCACUCCAUGAACCAUUAUUGUGGAUAGUGUCUUACGCACUUAUGAGCUUCUGUGGACUAGUCCUCCUUCUUCUAAUAAUCUUGCUGCUGCUUCCAUCUCGUUUUCGCCAUCGUUACACUGAAAAUGACAUAGUAAAUGAUGAAUCAUCCUUAGUACAACAUAGAUGGAAAUGAGGGAUUUUAUUGAAGUUCAGAGAAUUCUUGUUGUUCUGCUUAGUGGAAAUUAACUGUGGCUAUCUCAACCAAAGCUAGAAGUCCAGGUUCCACUCUUAAAACAAUUUCAAUAUCAUAUUCCACUACAAGAUGCCCUCCAAUUCUGCUGUAUUAUAAUGUUAAGCUUUAUUUUCCAACCAGAGUUUUGAACCAAAUGCCUAUAACAACAGCAAGUGCUAUUCCGUUGGUUCUGUAAAGACAGUCAUUUAGCUGAACCUUUAUGCUUUUCAUGCUUUUUUAAAAUGCAGAAUGUUGUAUCAUCGUUCCAACAAAAAUGAUGUAUUAUUGACUUUUGUUUUUUUUCUUAGUCACAUUUGAAGAAAACCAUUGUUGUUUUGGAGCAUAUUUAAAUCAGGAGAUUAGUUCUGUAUAUGUAGAGAGAAGGAGAUUAGUUUUCUGUAUACAGGCAGGAUACACGUCAGACGAAAAAGAUUUUUUUUCUUCUUUUAGAUGGAGGGCAGUAUCAGUUACUUUCAAAGGAUCCAGACUCUCAGAAGAGGUGAAGUAGGAAAAAAAAUACUGAAACCUAACCCUAUUGUGCAGCCUUAACAUACAACAAAACUACCUCUUAAUUUACAAGGAUGCUAUUCACAAAUAUGAUACAGGCAGAAAAGUUUAUGAAACAGAAAAGAUACUUUCCCACCAAAACAGCCCAAGCUUACCCCUUUUCAGCCUUCCCUUUUUUCUAGUUAAUGACAUUUUAAAAACAUUUGACUUUGCCACUUAUAUUUGCUUCCUAUUUCUGAAUUCAUGCAUAAGCAAUGUUAGGCUAGGUUAACUGAUCCUUUAUGUGUGCAUCUUACAAAGAAGAUGAGUUAUAAGGACAAGUUUCUCUCUUUACAAAUUUUGGAUAUCUCUAAUGACCAGAAACUGAACUGAAAACAAUACAGUCUCUUCAGUUGAAAGGCAGCUCAUUUGGCCAUGAUUGGAAAAGGUAAAGGGUUUUUCACGAAUGAUCAGUAACUAGGUAAAGUCCAGUAGAACCUCAGAGAUCAACAAGAGUUUCAGGGUGUAAGCUUUCAAAAGUCAACUCUCCCUUCAUCAGACAGAGCAGAACAGAUCUGUGUCCCUUUAUUCUAGUCAAAAGAUUGAAGGGUGUUGUAAAGAAUGAUUGUAAAGGAUGCGAAGGUACAAUGUUUAUUGUAAUCAGUUUGACUAGAGCAGAGGGGAAAUACUUGGGAGCAGAAAAUUAGCAUCAGUAAUGUCUACUAUGUUUGUCAGGGAGCCAAAUUCAUAUCCCUGGGCUGCCAAGGAUAGUGCCACUGCUGCGCUGUGCAGCCUUCUCCAGAGGGCUUUCUGGAGGUGCAGGGAGGGAGGAAAACCUGAAAAACCUCCUUACUUCUAGAAAGCCGUCCAUAGUGCUCAAUGGAUUUAUGUCACCCAAAGGGAUGGCGUAAGUCCAAAGCCCAGGCUGCUGCACACUUCCCUGCAAAAUCAGGGUGAAAGCCAACUAAUGGCACCACCCUCAGGAAUGGCCCUUUAUGCCAAUGGGGCUGGCAGCAGCGUGGGAGCACUGAUGUGGUGCUCAAUUCCAUGUCUGGGCAUCUUUUUAAAAGAGAUGUCUUGGCAUACCAGAAGGGUGCGGCAGUCACCCACCUAUGUGUUUGCCCCUCUGCUGGGUAAGUGACUUGGAGCAAAUCUACCAGCAUGGCCCUGUGCUGCCUCUAUGGGAUUAUUCAUUCCCCCCCACCUCCCUUCAAUCUAGAUUGGGCUGUAAGGGAGUUUUGACAAUUGAAAGCUUGUACCUAAACUCUGAUUGGUCUCUAAGGUGUUCUGGACUUGCAUCAAACUGUUCUAUUGCUGACCAACAUGGCUAGCCUCUGAAACACUAGUUAGGUGGUUGGUCCCUUGAUUUAAAUGAGCAAUGGUGUUCUCUUUUUUUCCUUUGGAAGUAUGUUACUGGUGACAGCAAAUAGAAUAAUAACGUUUAGUCCCUAAGCAAAGUAGUACCCUUCGAAGUCCAUUGAAUUAAUCAGUUUAGAAGGAUGCAACUCUGCUUAGGACUCCCCCCCCCCCCCACCAAAAUUAACACAAGUUUAAACACUUACAUAAAAGGGCCAUAAUUAUUAGUAGAAGAGCUGAAAAUGAAUUUAAAACAAAAAAUGAAUGUCUGGACAGGCUUUUGUAAAAUAUAUUUUAUUUAUUUAAUAUCUGCCCUCCCUGGGCUAAACUGGGCUCAGGGCGACUAACAUACAUAAUAAAACUAUUAUAGAAUACUUUAGGUAGUAGUUAAAGCAUCAUAAAACAAAUUUAAAAUCUCAACUUUAACCACUAAAAACCUCUGAUGGCAACUGAAUAAAUUCGUAUUGCCCAUACAAAGGACAAAUUCCAUCCAGUCCUGUAGAUCUUUAAAAGAGAUUCCUUAGAAGCAAUAAAAUGGCUCUAGCUCUUAAUAUUCACAGGAACCAAGAAACAAAUUAAUUUCCCCCUGCACCGAGCAAUAAUCACACAUGAAAGAAUCCUUCCCCCAUAUAUUUGACCAUGCAUAGAAAUGUGAAUUGCUAGCAUAUAUAUGGAAAAUAAUAAUCCAUGUCAUAUGACUGGCCAGUAAAUUCUUCUUUUAACAGAAAUCGAUUUUUCCAGUGUUAAUCCUUAUGCUUAUUUUUGCUUCUUUAAAGCAGUAUUUUUGGUUAUAAUAUUGUAUGCAAGCAACAAAGGAUAAUAUUGGCUUCCGGCGGAAGAACUGGUAAUCCUGAAAGAUGUAUAUUAGCUCUCCUGUACUAAAAAUAAUGUUAUGGGAAAUUAUUAUUCAUAGUUUCCUUUUCAUAGUCCAGUAUUAUAUAUCAGUGCCUAUUAAUUCUUUCAUUCAUCAGGACAAAUAAUUACAAAUACUUGAAUCACAUAAGCAAUAAUUUCAACUAUUGCGUUAGUUUCCAUGGAAUCUUUUGCCACACAAAUAUAGCUAACAAACACAGGGCUGUCUCGAUGCUUAUAGCAUAACUUACAUCCAUCUUUCUAAAUUGAGGUGUACAAUGAAAUAUAUUCAGGUGGGUAUUGCUCAGGCAACAGGAUCAGCAGUGGCUGCACUGACAAUGUUCCAUUUUUAACCUGAAAUGGAUUCCAAAACUGCCCUUGAACUUCUUCUGUGUAAGUUGCUAACAUUUAAUCAACUCAAUUCAAUAAGCCAUUCAGGUUUUGUCAUAGUUUAUUCAGCCAUGCUGCCUUUGUUGUAGAAGUUCUUUAAGAGAACUAAAUCUAAAAAGAAGUUUCUUGCAUAAAAAAACUUUCAGUUAGAGGGUUGUGAUUAACUAGGGAUUGUUUUGUCUAAUAAAAUAUGUCUUUUUUGUGUUCUCUUUUUAAAAGACACAUAAUUUAGACAUAAAAUGGCUAUGGUUACUCUUCAGUCAACAAAUUUGGCCACGAUAAAGAAACGUAAUUUUGUUGCCUGUUUUUAAGUAGCAUUUUAACUGAUGUUACAGUGAGUUACAUGUGGGGAAGAUUCAAAAUGGAAUUAGGGUACAGCAGUCUUAGAUUUCGUCUUAGAGGGGAAAGGCAUGACUUGCUGCCUUAUUAUGUUAUACAUCUGUUGCUUGACUGGAUCAGAUGGAUGCAUGCAGGUAGAGUAGUAGCAUUUGUAAAUGGUGGGGUAUUAAAGGUUGGGGGAGGUUGUGAUGUUUUUCAUCUCUCUGACAUCCUAGUUUUGUUUGUUUUGUAUUAUGUAUGUAUAGAAAUGCAUGUAUACAAGGAGUUUUUUUAUGAGAGGAACCAUUCAAACAUUUGCUUUUCUCAUCUACUGUUAGCAAUGGUACAGCUGAACUGAUAUGCUAAUUCUGAUCACAUGUCUUGGCUCAGGUUUGUUAUCAGAACAAACUCUCCUGCUGAUUCUGUGGAUCCACCUGAUGUGUCUCGAAUAACAACAGAAUAUUUAUGUUGCAUUUCUUCUGCACAUUGAAUAGUGCACAAGGAACAGAACUCUAGUACAAAGCAGUUUAAAAUUUCAUUACUCUUCUGUAAUAGACAUGAUAUAAUAAUUAAAGGCAGUCCUUCUUUGCAAGCACUGGAUCAGUACUGACCCUUCUGGGAAAAUUAAAUUAAUUUGUAGGCAAAUAACAUUAUAUUUCUGCAUUUUAGCCUCCUGUAGGCUAACGGAUACCAAAUCAGACUCCAUCAAAUGUUCAUAUCCUUGCUGGCCUGUUUAUGCUACAAAAUACUGCCCUUAUCAGUUAAAGUAAAGAGGGCUUGUUUAAAUCUCAAGGGGGUAUUUCUAACAGAAAUUAAGACUUAUUGUCAUCCAUAUGAUUUGUAAACAUAAUUUUUGUUCUAAUGAUUUAUUGCCUAUAUUCAGCCUCAAUUAUUUCCACACUAAAGGCCUAUUGAGAAGUGAUCUUGAAUAACUAACCUAGUGACCCAUUUUAAAGGCAACAGACUUCUAAUAUGCAAGCUUUAAAUUUUAUUAUUCUAAACAUAUCCAAAGAGUUUGAAAGGUAGAAAUAAAAGUGAUGUAACAAGGAACAGAGAAAAUCUCCCUUAUCUAAUGUUCUAACUGUUGUCUAAAAAUGGGUAAUAUACUAACACUGGCAAUCUGAAUUAAUGCAGAAUUUGAGUGAUAUUUCCUUGUGAGCUGAAAUGUGUCCAAACUUUUAAUUGUAAAUUUGUAAAAAAUUGUUAAAUCAAUUAAAUUGUUUCCACUGCCUAAUCCAGGAUGUGUCCUCACUUGCAAUUCAGAAUAAAUCUUUUACAUUCCACCA